AUGCAGCUCCACCCCCUGCAGCUCCACCUCCUGCAGCUCCACCCCCUGCAGCUCCACUCCCCUGCAGCUCCACCACCCUACAGCUCCACCACCCUGCAGCUCCACCACCCUGCAGCUCUACCACCUUGCAGCUCCACCACCUUGCAGCUCCACCACCCUACAGCUCCACCACCCUGCAGCUCCACUCCCCUGCAGCUCCACCCCCUGCAGCUCCACCACCCUGCAGCUCCACCCCCUGCAGCUCCACCACCCUACAGCUCCACCACCCUGCAGCUCCACCACCCUACAGCUCCACCACCCUGCAGCUCCACCACCCUACAGCUCCACCACCCUGCAGCUCCACCACCCUGCAGCUCCACCACCCUGCAGCUCCACCACCCUGCAGCUCCACCACCCUGCAGCUCCACCACCCUAUAG